AAUUUUGGAAAUUCUGUAUUGUCAGCAGUAAAUAACACUGUUACAAACAAUCAAAAUGACGGUUAAAAUUUCUGUUUUUGCUGUCGUUCUGAUUGUGACUUGUGUCCGCGCUAGUCUCUACCAGCCGCCGCCGCCCACAUUAUCAAUGAGCAUGCCGUAUAUGCCCAACUAUCCAGUCGAUUGUCCGUCCUUCAAUGAAUUCAAGAAAAGUGUAUACACAUUGAACCAAGCUUUAGCCAAUAUAAUUGCCGCUGCUAGAAGUGUCUACAACUACCAUACGUUAUACAAAAACCAGCCUGGCCUCAAUAUGGAAAUAAAUGAAAAAAAAGAAAUUUUCGAUAAAGCUCUAAACUUCUUUGAAAAUAAGUUGCUUAAAUACCGCCAAGCGUUGAUCAACUACAAAGCGUUAUUAGAGUAUAGUAACAAUUCUCCAGUCAUAACAGUAGACGACGACAUUCCCAUCGAUCGUGAAUUAUUGUAACUUUUAAAUAUUACAUAAUUUUAGUAGUUUGUUAAUAAAUUAAUUUACAACAUUUUGUCAAACAUAACAACUAUUGUACUUAUUUUCAAAUAAUCCUGAACGAUAAUCUUCUAAUUUCUUAUUUGGAACCCUUUACUUUUAUCAAUGUACGUGGCAUAUCAUACACAUAUUAUUCAUCUUAUUAUUCUUUAACAUAUUGUAUAAGAUUUAUGAAAAUAUUAGGUACAUAAUAAUUUAAGAGUUAACCAAAUUAUUAUUAUUAUCUUAAAAACAUUUAAUGUUUGAAUAUGCCUAUGUCAUAACUCGCAUAACACUAAUGUUAUUGUAGCGAUACUGAAUUAUAAAAUGUAUGUGAUAAAUAAUUUACAAUAAUUAAAGAUGUUUCAAAUGUUGAUA